AUGUCGUGCCAAGGAAAAUGCAAGGCCGGCGCGACUACAGCACGGCGUUUGCGCCCCACGCGCACGGAUACUGAUUUUUUUUUUCGUCUUUUCCAUUGAAAUACGGUUUCGAAAUGUAUUUUUUUAUGUUUUUUUAAUACUACCCAGUGCUCCUGCUCACAUUUUAAAGUUGUUCCGAGCACUUUCGAACAAAUUUAUGAAAAAAAUCUGUCAAAUGAAAUUUCGGUAUUACAAACUUUUUUGCGUUCUAAUUGUUAUAAACUGGAGCUGAGCAAAGAUGAGCAACGAAAAGACAUGAAUAAUAUUAAAUUUAUAACUUUUAAAUUAGUUAAAAAGCUAAAAAAAAAAUUGAAGAAACACCCCCAGGAUGCCAACAUGCCGCGUGACCCCGCUUUUAUCUCAGCAAUUUUUUUUAGUGUAAUUUCGUCAACUCAAAAUAACUGUCAGGAAAUUGAAAAAAGUUUUUUUGGAGAGUCAGAAUUGAUUUUGAAUUUUGUGGAAACUUUGAACGCGAUAAACACAGGCCUGUACAGGCGAAUCGAGAAGGUACCAUAAUGUGUCCACAAAGGUACGGCUCAAAAUGGAUCGUGAAGACCCCAUAAUGUCCAUCGUGAGACCUCCGGCAUACCUUUUAGCUAUAACUGAGCCACCUCGGAGGUACUUUAGAGUCUCCUUCAAGUAUAUCUCAUUUUGCUCGAUUUCCUCAGAGUUAUAUUCGUGGUGCCAUCGUGAGACUUCAGACCCUGCGAUAUACCUCAGAGGGUCUCGCGAUACCCUUUCUCGAUUCGCCUAUGAAGAAUUUGAGUUUCAAAGUUUUUCGAACAAAAUUUGACUCUCAGGGACUGAGUUUUCUUUUUCCGCAGUUAUUCCUAUAAGCCAUUCCGCGCCAGCUUGUCACGUUUUUCUAUCCGCCAAAAGGCCAGAUCAAAUUUGACCGACUUCGCUUCAGGACAUUUGUUUCUUGCUGUUUUGAAAGCAGAAUUUCUAAGAAAGCUGUUUUUAAGGGAACCUUUUUUCUGCUUUUCUUCAAAAACGUGACCGCCUCACUCGGAACUCCCCAAAACUACAAGAAAAAAAAAACAAAAACCACAUUUCGUGAAGCGAAGUUGGUCAAAUUUGAUCUAACUAGGGAACUACUCGGACUCGGGUUCGCGGAUCGAGUUUAAACUUCAGUGGUUUAUAGACCUAAGUGAGAAUACUUGAAAAAAAGAGAAUAUCUGCUAAACCCGAUAGAGAACUGAGAAAAAAUUAGUAGAAAAAUGUGAAAAUUAGGCCUGGACAUUUCCAGAUUUUUUCAGUCAAAAGAAGGAGGAAAGCAAAUAUUUGAUGAUUUUCAAGCCUAAAUUUUUCAUUUUCGAAAAGCUUUUUCUCAGAAGCCUAUGGGGUUUAGCAGUUAAUCUCUCUUGUUUCCAAGUACUCUUACCCGGGUCUAUGAGCCACCAAAGUUUCAACUCGAAACGGGUACCCGAGUCCGAGUAGUUCCCUAGUAAGUUGGUAUACGAUCUUUUUGGCGCUAAGAAAAACGUGACAAGCUGGCGCAGAAUAGGCUAUAUGCUGUGUUCAAAGUAGUUUCCGCGAAGGUCAAAACUAUAUAUUUCUGACUUUUCAAAAUCAAGUUCUUUCUCACUUUCUGGAUAGCUAUUUUAAAUUUCGAGCAAUCAGUUUGAAUUUGGCAAUUUCUCAUGAGAUGCAGACACGUGCCGGAACUAUGACGGCGCGUAUCACACGGUUACUCUGACCCCAGGCGCCAGCUAUCCGCCAGAAAAAGUCAUUUCGCGAGCUCGCGGCCAUCAAAUUUGUGGCGGUUUCCUGGCGAUUCUCUGGCGACGUAACCAAUAGCGCGAAUUUGCUUUUAUUACUGUAUUUUAUAUUGCGAUCUAAAAUUUUGGGACUCGCGUUUUUUGUCUUUUUGUUUUUCUAUUUGAUUUUUUGCUGAUUUCACGAUUUUUUUCAGUGUUCGUUUCCUGUUUUGUCCAAACUAGCGCAGAAGCGAUGCUUUUGUUUUGAUGUAACAAGCAAUUUUUUUCUUGAUUUCAUUUUUUUCUAAAUUCAAAAAAAGCUGUCUAUAGAAGUAGAAAAACUGUAGGUUGCGAAGGUCGUUCAAAGAAAGAAACGUGAUUAGUUGAAAAGAAGUUUAAAAAGUCAGAAAACUAUUAGAAUAUAAACUUUUGUUUUAUUUGUGUAGAGCUCAGUAAAUGUGAUGCGACGGAGGGUUUCAGGUUUAAAAAACAACAGCUUGAAAGGUUGGUAAAUAAGAAAAUUCGAAUUAUUUUCUCGAUUUAGUUUCGUGGAUGAUCAACCGCUCUAA